AUGAGAUCGAUAAGAAAGUGGGCAUACGAAACAUUCAAUGAUGAAAAGAUCAUAAAAUUCGUGGUAAUGGCCACACCACAUGAUUUACUAGCAAAUUCAGAGUAUAUUAGAAUGGCGGACCAGUAUGUACAAGUUCCAGGUGGUACGAAUAAUAAUAAUUAUGCCAAUAUAGAUUUGAUAUUGGAGGUAGCUCAGCAAACAAAUGUGGAUGCGGUUUGGGCUGGGUGGGGACAUGCCUCCGAGAACCCGUAUUUGCCUGAGCUACUGGCUAGUUCACAAAGGAAAAUAGUGUUCAUUGGUCCUCCUGGACACGCAAUGAGAUCUCUAGGCGACAAAAUUUCUUCCACUAUUAUAGCUCAAAGCGCUAAAAUCCCGUGUAUUCCUUGGUCCGGUUCACGUUUAGACACUAUUCAAAUUGACAACCAAACCAGAUACGUAUCUGUUCCAGAUGACGUGUAUAUGAAGGGAUGUUGCUCCUCACCUGAGGAUGCUUUGCAAAAGGCUAAAUUAAUAGGAUUUCCUGUAAUGAUUAAGGCAUCUGAAGGUGGUGGAGGCAAAGGCAUAAGACAAGUGGACAAGGAGGAUGAUUUUAUUGCAUAUUAUCGCCAAGCUGUUAAUGAGACUCCCGGGUCACCAAUGUUUGUUAUGAAAGUUGUCACAGAUGCGCGUCAUCUAGAAGUGCAAUUGUUAGCUGAUCAAUAUGGAACUAACGUUACAUUGUUUGGGAGAGAUUGUUCUAUACAAAGACGGCAUCAAAAAGUUAUAGAAGAGGCACCCGUGACCAUAACCAAGCCUGAAACUUUUCGUAGGAUGGAACGUGCUGCAAUUCGUUUAGGUGAAUUGGUUGGUUAUGUUUCUGCGGGCACUGUUGAAUAUUUAUAUUCACCAAAAGAUGAUAAAUUUUAUUUUUUAGAAUUGAACCCAAGAUUACAAGUAGAGCAUCCAACCACUGAAAUGAUCUCUGGUGUAAAUAUUCCUGCCGCACAACUGCAAAUUGCUAUGGGGAUUCCUAUGCACAGGAUAAGUGAUAUCAGGAAACUUUAUGGUUUAAAUCCAAUGGAAACAUCUUGGGUUGACUUCAAAAAUUUAAGAAGACCUUCACCUAAGGGACAUUGUAUUUCAUGUAGAAUUACUUCUGAAGAUCCUAAUGAAGGUUUCAAACCAUCAACUGGGAAGCUCCAUGAGCUUAAUUUUCGUUCUUCUUCCAACGUUUGGGGUUAUUUUUCCGUAGGAAAUAAUGGUGCCAUUCAUUCAUUUUCAGAUUCUCAAUUCGGCCAUAUAUUCGCAAUAGGAAAUGAUAGACAGGAUGCAAGGCAGAACAUGAUUUUAGCUCUAAAAGAUUUUUCCAUUAGAGGAGAAUUCAAAACACCUGUGGAAUAUUUGGUUGAGUUAUUGGAGACUCAGGACUUCGAUAGCAACAACAUAUCAACUGGUUGGUUGGAUAGUAUAAUUCUGAGAGGUCUGUCCCCAGGUAACAAAUUAGAUCAUAUGCUUGCUGUUAUUUGUGGAGCAGCGAUGAAAGCAUACAAUUUCAUAGAAGAAAUAAGGAAUAAGUACUUGCAAUUAUUACGGAGAGGCCAAGUUCCGUCUAAAGAUUUGCUGAAGACAAAGUUUCCUAUUGACUUUAUUUUCAAUAACAACAAGUAUUUGUUCAUUGUUACACAAUCAUCUAAAGAGCAAUUUACACUCUCUAUUAAUAAUUCCCAAUGUGAAGUUAAUAUUCAAAAACUAUCCAGCGACUGUCUAUUGAUAUCCGUUGACGGUAAAUGUCACACAGUUUAUUGGAAGGAUGAUAUUGGAGGUACAAGACUUUCUGUAGAUUCGAAUACUAUAUUUUUGGAAACCGAACUCAACCCUACUCGUAUGAUCUCUCCAACUCCAGGAAAACUGAUGAAAUAUCUGGUUUCAAGUGGUGACCACGUCUCAACUGGACAGCAGUAUGCCGAAAUAGAAAUCAUGAAAAUGCAGAUGCCUUUAAUAGCGAAGACUGAUGGUAUCAUUGAAUUGUUAAGACAGCCUGGUUCCGUUAUUGACGCUGGCGAUGUUGUAGCCAAAUUAACUCUGGAUGCACCUUCCAAAGUCAACGAAUCAUUUUUGUACCAUGGAGAGUUACCUGCUUUAGGUCCACCGUUGAUAGAAGGUAGCCGACCAGUCCAUAAACUCAAAACCUUAACACGUAGGUUAGAAAAUAUUCUCAUGGGAUAUAAUGAAAACGUCGCGAUAGAAAUAACUUUAAAGGAGUUGAUAAAAACCUUAAGAGAUUACAGGCUUCCUUAUUCAGAAUGGGGAUCUCAAAUCUCGGCAGUACGUAAUAGAUUACCAAGACAAUUGAAUGAAGAACUAGAAAAUUUAGUUGAAAAAUCUGCUUCUUUUCCUGCUAAGGAACUGCACAACUUGAUGACCCACUACAUGGAAGAAAGUAUGGGUGACCAAGUCCUUUAUGCUGCCUUGAAACCGCUUCUUGAAAUUAGUGAAAGAUAUUGUGACGGUUUGAUUAACCAUGAAUGUGAAGUUUUUUUGAGGUUAAUCAACAGUUACCAUGCUGUUGAGAAAAUUUUUGAAAAUAAUGAUGUGGAUGAAGAAAGAAAUUUACUCGAUCUGCGAAGAAAAGAUUUAGGAAAUCCAAAAGAUGUUAUGAGUAUAAGUUUAUCGCAUGCUAAUGUAUCUGGAAAGAAUAAGUUGGUCAUUUCAAUUUUGCACGAAUAUGAGCCCUUAUGUCAAGAUUUAUCUAAAGUGUCAUUGAAAUUCAGGACUCUUUUACAUAAUUUAGCAACCUUAGAAUCCAAGUGGACGAAAGAAGUUGCUAUAAAGGCAAGAUCAAUGCUACUUAAAGGAUCUUUGCCUCCUAUAGAAAAGAGAAAAGAUUACAUUGAAGCUCUCCUGCAAAUGCAUAUACACGAAUUAGGUGGCGAAAAGUCCCAUAACAAGGAAAUAUAUAAAUGCAUGGAGGAUUUUGAUAAUUUGAUGCAUUCAAAUUUGGUACAAUUGCAGGAUUUAUUCUUUUUUUUUGGCCAUCAUAAUGUUCUUUUUUCUAGUAUUGCGUCGGAGAUUUAUGUAAAGUGUGCUUAUAGCCGCAGUCAUUUGGAAGGUAUCAAUAAUCACAAGGAAAACCCUAACAUACUAAUGUCUUGGCAAUUCGGCUCCUCAACAAGUGUUUUGCUCAAAUCUUUUAGCGACAGUGAUGACGUUAAAGGAUCUCCUGAAUCCACUCAAUCCGGUGAGAGUUUACCGAAGAAUUUCGUCUUUCUUGUUAAUAUGACUGACCUAAACUGUUUGGAAAAGUCGUUGGAUGAUGUAUGUGAAGUGGCUCAUACCCCUGGAAAGAGACUGGCUAACGUUCAGCUCUCCCUUAUUAUAAAUGUUUUAUCUUCUGUUCGAUACAAAAAUGAGGAGGAUCUAAUUAAAAUUCUGAGAAUUAAACUUCAUGAAAAUGAGAAGCGCUUAACUGAACUGAGGAUUAAUCGUAUCACGUUCGCAUUUACGGUGGGGAAUAUGCCAUUUACCAAAUUCUAUUCGUUUAAUGGGACUACGUAUGAUGAAAUUUCUCAAAUAAGAAACUUGGAUCCAUCCCACGAAGUACCGUUAGAGCUAGGGAAAAUGUCGAACUAUAAAAUCAGAUCUCUGUCCACAUACGGUCAUAAUGUAUGCAUUUUCGAGGGUAUUAGCAAAAUUUCGCCGCUGGAUAAAAGGUUCUUUAUAAGAAAGGUUAUAGACUCUUUCAGAUAUGAUCACCAGAAAACAAGCCGGGGAAACUUGCAAACAGAAAUCGAUACCCAGGUUGCUUAUAUGUUGGAGCAUUUAGAGUCAGUUGAUACCUCAAAUUCUGACUUGAAUCAUAUGUUUCUAAAUUUCAACGCUUAUUUCAUCGUGUCAGUACAUCAUUUCGAAGAUAUUGUAGAAAGAGUUUUGAAAACACAUGAAAUUAAGUUGUUUCAAGAAAGAGUCACAGAUAUAGAAAUUCGUAUCUUCAUCGAGUGUCCAGAAACCAAGAGCCCAGCCCCAGUUAGGUUGCUUAUUUCCAAUAAAUCAGGAUAUGUGAUGAAAAUUGAAGCAUAUUAUGAAGUGAUGGGGAAAAAUGGUAAUCUGGUGCUAGAACCGUGUAGUAAACAUGGGCAUUACAGUCGGAAGCCUGUCUUGUUGCCCUAUGCGGUGAAGGAUUCAUUACAACCUAAGAGAUAUAAAGCUCAAUUCAUGGGUACAACGUACGUGUACGACUAUCCAGAUCUGUUUCGUCAAGCGGCAAUUCAACAGUGGAAAAGAUAUUUCCCUAAACAUAGACUAAAGGAAGGAUUUUUUAGCUGGGUUGAAUUGAUAGAGCUAAAUGGAGAACUGAUCAAGGUAAACAGAGAACCUGGUCUUAAUAAUGUAGGAAUGGUUGCAUUUGAGGUAAUGGUUCAGACACCUGAAUAUCCGAAUGGACGUAAUAUGAUUGUGAUUUCAAAUGAUAUUACUUACAAUAUCGGAUCUUUUGGACCAAAGGAAGACCUCUUCUUUGAAAAAGUCACAAAUUAUGCAAGGGAGAAGGGGAUCCCGAGGAUAUAUUUAGCGGCCAAUUCAGGUGCUAAGCUUGGUAUAGCCGAAGAAUUGAUCCCAUUGUUUCGCGUAGCAUGGAAUGAUCCCUCUGAUCCAACAAAGGGUUUCCGAUAUUUAUACUUAGCUCCAAAAGACAUGCAGCUUCUGAAAGAUUCCGGGAAAGAAAACUCUGUCGUUGUCGAACACAGGAUGGUAUAUGGUGAAGAGAGAUAUAUCAUUAAAACAAUAGUCGGGUUUGAGGAAGGUCUAGGUGUUGAGUGCUUGCAGGGCUCGGGUUUGAUCGCCGGUGCCACUUCGAAAGCGUACAAAGACAUUUUUACUAUUACAGCGGUUACUUGUAGGUCAGUUGGUAUAGGAUCCUAUCUAGUUAGACUAGGACAACGGACUAUUCAGGUUGAGGGUAAGCCUAUCAUAUUAACAGGAGCAUCAGCGAUUAAUAAAGUUUUGGGAACAGAUGUCUAUACAUCCAAUCUACAAAUAGGUGGUACACAGAUCAUGUACAAAAACGGGAUAGCCCAUUUAACUGCUAGUAAUGAUAUGAAAGCCAUCGAGCAAGUAAUGACAUGGUUAUCAUAUGUCCCUGCGAAAAGAGAUAUGACUCCUCCAUUGCUCGAAACUAUGGAUAGAUGGGAUAGGGAUGUCGACUUCAAACCUGAAAAACAAGUGCCGUAUGAGGCAAGGUGGCUAAUAGAGGGUAAACUGGGUUCAGAUGAUGACUUUCAAUGUGGUCUAUUUGAUAAAGGUUCAUUUUUUGAGACAUUAUCUGGAUGGGCCAAAGGUGUGAUUGUGGGAAGAGCACGUCUUGGAGGUAUUCCCGUGGGUGUGAUUGCAGUCGAAACUAAGACUAUCGAAGAAAUAAUCCCCGCUGAUCCAGCUAACUUGAAUUCAUCUGAAUUUUUAGUCAAAGAAGCGGGGCAAGUUUGGUAUCCAAACUCUGCAUUCAAAACAGCACAAAGUAUAAAUGACUUUAACUAUGGUGAGCAAUUACCGUUGAUUAUUUUAGCCAACUGGAGGGGUUUUUCUGGUGGUCAAAGGGAUAUGUAUAAUGAAGUACUGAAGUAUGGCUCCUUUAUUGUUGAUGCUCUUGUUGAUUACAAACAGCCUAUAUUAAUAUACAUCCCUCCCUUUGGUGAACUAAGGGGAGGAUCAUGGGUUGUAGUAGAUCCCACCAUUAAUCCGGAACAAAUGGAAAUGUAUGCUGAUGUUGAAUCUAGGGGGGGCGUCUUAGAACCUGAUGGAGUAGUUAGUAUAAAAUAUCGUAAGGAAAAAAUGAUAGAGACAAUGAUUCGAUUAGAUUCCACAUAUGGGCAUUUAAGAAGAACGUUGACCGAAAAAAAGCUGUCUUUGGAGAAACAGAAUGAUCUUACCAAGAGAUUAAAAGUAAGAGAGAGACAGUUGAUGCCAAUUUAUAAUCAAAUUAGUAUACAAUUUGCAGAUUUGCAUGAUAGAUCUACUAGGAUGUUAAUCAAAGGGGUAAUUCGAAAGGAACUAGAAUGGAAAAAGUCACGUAGGUUUUUGUAUUGGAGAUUGAGGAGGAGAAUGAAUGAGGCACGAGUGAUUAAAGUAUUACAACAAAAAACAUGUGACAAAAAAAUGAAAAUGAAGCAUGGUGACUUGUUGAAAAUGGUUCAAUCAUGGUAUAGUGGCCUGGAUGUAAAUGAUGACAGAGCAGUAGCAGAAUUUAUAGAAAGAAAUUCGAAAAAAAUCGACAAGAACAUUGAAGAGUUUGAAAUCUCGCUGUUUAUCGAUGAACUCAAGAGGAAAUUUGAGGAUAAGAGCGGAAACAUUGUCCUUGAAGAGUUAACUAAGUUGGUGGACAGUAGAAGAAAAAGAUGA